GUGUCCGUCUCCACCAACCACCUGGCUGCGCCCGGCAAGCAACAGCGACGCAUGUCCCUCCCUCCGCCACCGUCGCCUUUGGAUUUGCCGGAGCCUGUAUACGGACACAAGCGUCCCCCGUCACCUCUCAGAAACGGCUUCGCCAUCGAUCCGGCCACGGGCGAGAUCAGCGACACCUCCUCGACCCACCCCUCCGAGAACUCAAGCAACAGCCACUGGGACCGACCCGAAUCCCCGUCUCCCUCGGUUGGCCAGUUUGCGGCCAACUUUGCGCAGCGUGUUGGAUCUCUGAUGAGCAACAUGAGCUCCCGAUCGCCCGGCCUUCCAACCGACGAAGAGCUCGAGGCGGAGGCCGAACGAGAACGCGAGAUGAGCAGACGCGAGGCCGAACGCAUCAUGGCCAGGGAAGCAGAGGAACGACGCACGGUCGAAGAACGUGUCAUGGCCAUGCUGCAAGCUAACCCGGAUGCGCAGGCUUCGCUCCCCCCUCCGCCCGCACGUUCGCAGACGAUGCCUGGGACUCCUCCUUCCCCCUCUGCAUCUCAGAAGGAAGCGAGCUGGUGGUCCCUCGCGAAGCAGAAGCUCACACCGACCAAGGAGCCGCUUACGCCCGCACAGCAAAUCAUACAAGACACCAAGGCGCGCGACAAGGAAAUGGAGAAAGAGAAGAAGAAGACCGGGAAGUCAGAGAAGCGACAGAGGAGCAAGGAGUGGCCCGCCUCGCCGGACGGCAAGUUUGAAGAUCCCGCAUUUAUCAAGCUUGGCCUUGCCGCGUCCCCAGCGCGACCUGUCUCUGCUACUCCUCCGUCUCCUUCCCCGCAUCCAGCAGGAGUCGGGAGCAGCAUCCCACCCAGUCUUGCGGCGUCCCCCCUCCGAGGAGCCGAUUCCAUGAUGGAGGGUGCCUCUCCUGGACGAGCGCAGCAGCCGCUGUACGCGCAAUUCAACGGCCAAGGCGCGCUUGAUGUUCCGGGUACCCUGCUCACCAUAACCAGGCGUUUCGAGAAGCUGGAGAAGUGGACUGUCAGCCAUGUUCGUGCCCUCGAAGAACGUAUGGACGACGUCGAACGCUGGCUCGUCGAGAAAGAAAGGGAGAAAGACGACUCGCAUCCACCUAAUGGCAAUAGCAGCGCCUCCGAUGCCGCAGUAAACGAGCUCCGGGAGGAGAUGGCUGAACUGCAAGGGCGUAUUGGUGAACUUGGUCGCGAGAUGGCUAAGAUGGCCACUGCGCCAGGGAACCUUUCCUCAGGCCCAUCUCGCAGCGCUGCAGGAAUCGGAAGGGCUCCAUCGACUAGCUCCUCUGUCGCCGUACAGUCGAUCUCUCGGGCGGUCACCAGUCCCCCACGCUCUACACCCCCACGGGCUCAUGGCACUACCAGCCCACCUGUAACUACCCCUGUGCCUUCAAGACGAAUCUCUCGUACACGAUUACCAUACCCGACGGGAGACUAUGCCUCACCUCCUGACUCCUCCGCUCUAGGGCAAGGCCCCUUCUCUCCUACAAACUCGCCUCCUGCAUCCCUGACGCCUGCAUCAAGAACACGCCACAUGUCCAUCGCAGGUCUCCCAGACCCGGAAGGGGACGCUUUCUCCAAUAACGCGUCUCCCAUUGGCCUCCCCUCCACCAAGUCGCCAGACGAGGCCACCAGCCCCGAACCGCUGCAGGCGCCAAACCUGCCUGUAUGGCGGCCAUCGAGCGCAAGCCCGACCCCUCGCAAGCGCUACACAGCCGCGCUCGGCGAGCCCAUUAUGAAGCCCAAAGAUCGCGAACGCAGCCCGCCACCGGAGAGACCGCGCCCGACACACUCACGCUCGCAAUCGCAGUCGCGCGAUCUCGGCACCGCGUUCUUCUCGAGCUCCCCCGGCUCGAUAUCCUCCCCCCUCUCCGACGCGGACGACUCAGACGACACAUCUGGGGGCCCCGGGGAGGAGACGAUCGGCAAGACCGCCGGGCGGCACUUCAGCGGGCUCGCGCCACCUCCCACAGAUCGGCUCUCCUCGUCGCCUUCGCCCUCGCCGAACGGCGGCCGGCGCGCACGCCCGCAGUCGAUGUACGCUCCGAUGGGCUCGCAGGCGAUCUCUGCGCCGACGCCCAUCACCCCGCUCAACGUGCGCGUGCGCUCGCGCUCGACAGACCGUUUCGGUUUGGGCCUCGGGAUCUCGGACGCAGGCACCGGCGCGCCGAUCCCGCCACAGACGCCGACGUCAGGCAAGUUCGUCGACCCGCUCGUCGUGCGGAGGCAGACGAAGGAGGCGCUGCUGAAGGACGGGCCUGUCCCGCCUGCGGCGCUCGUGGGGAAGAAGAAGGUGCCGGUCGGCCAGCUCGUCGCCUUCUUUGACCAGGAGAAGGCGUGAGUGCUGUUUCUGUUUGUGUUUGGGGUGCGUCGGACGCGCGUUGUGCUUUGGACGAGCCAUGAUACCAUGCAUUGGGGGUGUAUUGAGCGAAAGACGAUGAUGAUGACACAUUACUCACACGUGCCGCUGCCGUUCCCGCUUCUCGUGUACUGCGCUAUGUUUCGCGCUAUGUUUCCGAUGCUUCGAUCUCUUACCAUGUAAUCGCCGUUGCUUCCUUUCUUAGUUACUGCAUAGUGCUGCUGCUUGUCUCGAUAUCUACUCAUGAACUG